CCUCUCCCCUCCUAGUAUUCCCCACCACUCGCCCCGCCCCUCACCUCUACUGCCGCCGCCCAGCUCGCCCGCCGCUGCCGCAAUGGACUCCGUCGCGUCGUGGGGGCUGACCCCGCUGGCCGCCGCCGACCCGGACGUCUUCGACCUCAUCGAGCGGGAGAAGCGGCGGCAGCGGAGCGGGAUCGAGCUCAUCGCCUCGGAGAACUUCACCUCCUUCGCCGUCAUCGAGGCGCUCGGCUCCGCGCUCACCAACAAGUACUCCGAGGGCAUGCCGGGCAACCGCUACUACGGCGGCAACGACGUCAUCGACGAGAUCGAGAACCUCUGCGCCGCGCGGGCCCUCGCCGCCUUCCGCCUCGACGCCGCCCUGUGGGGCGUCAACGUGCAGCCCUACUCCGGCUCGCCCGCCAACUUCGCCGCCUACACCGCGCUCCUCAGCCCGCACGACCGCAUCAUGGGCCUCGACCUCCCCUCCGGCGGCCACCUCACGCACGGCUACUACACCGCCGGCGGCAAGAAGAUCUCCGCCACCUCCAUCUACUUCGAGAGCCUGCCAUACAAGGUCAGCGCCGCCGACGGAUACAUCGACUACGCCAAGCUCGAGGAGAAGGCCAUGGACUUCCGCCCCAAGCUGCUCAUCUGCGGCGGCAGCGCCUACCCGAGGGACUGGGACUACGCGAAGCUCAGGGCGGUCGCCGACAAGGUUGGGGCCAUGCUGCUCUGCGACAUGGCGCACAUCAGCGGACUAGUCGCCGCGCAGGAAGCUGCAAAUCCUUUUGAGUUCUGUGACGUGGUUACCACUACCACGCACAAGUCUCUCCGAGGACCAAGGGCUGGCAUGAUCUUCUACCGCAAGGGCCCCAAGCCUGCAAAGAAGGGUCAACCCGAGGGUGCUGUUUACGACUAUGAGGACAAGAUCAACUUUGCCGUGUUCCCAUCGCUCCAAGGUGGUCCUCACAACCACCAGAUUGCUGCCCUUGCUGUCGCCUUGAAGCAAACCAUGACACCUGGAUUCAAGGCCUACGCAAAGCAGGUCAAGGCCAAUGCUGUCGCCGUCGGAAACUACCUCAUGAGCAAAGGAUACAAGAUGGUGACCGAUGGAACUGACAACCACCUUGUUCUAUGGGAUCUCCGCCCUCUUGGCUUGACUGGAAACAAGGUCGAAAAGCUCUGUGACCUUUGUAACAUUACACUGAACAAGAAUGCAGUCUUUGGUGACAGCAGUGCAUUGUCUCCGGGUGGUGUCCGCAUUGGUGCUCCUGCGAUGACUUCAAGGGGUCUGGUCGAGAAGGAUUUUGAGCAGAUUGCUGAGUUCCUCCACCAGGCUGUGACAAUCUGCCUGAACAUUCAGAAGCAGCACGGCAAACUUCUCAAGGACUUCUCUAAGGGCCUAGUGAACAACAAGGACAUUGAGAACCUCAAGGUUGAGGUCGAGAAGUUUGCCACCUCCUUCGACAUGCCUGGCUUCACGCUUGAGAGCAUGAAGUACAAGGAGUAAGAUGAUGCAUACGGUGCUGCUGUUGCUAAUUGUCAAUAUUUCAGAAUGGAGUACUAUCAGUUCACAAAAUACAACAUAUCCGCCUCCUCUCUACAAUGAAAAGUGUUAGAAAAACGUGAUUUCUCUAGCAACAUCCUGUCAUACCGGUCAAAGCAAUUCUCGCUGCUUCGUGCUUCAUAGAUCAUGUUGUAUUUAAAAUCUACUUUUUUUCCUUCCAGAGUGUAUCAUGUAUCAGUUUACAAUAUGCAGCAUAUAUACAUGGAGAAUUCCAGUUUGGCUCA